AUGGAGAAAAUCGGAUGUUCCGCUCAGGACGCCCGAUUGUGCCAUACUUGCUACGAUUCUUUGAGUGAGGGUAGAAUUCCAAAACUGGCCACCUACAAUGGCUUCCGAUAUCCACCGAAGCCCCUCAAUUUACCCGAGCUGAAUGCAAUCACGACGCGCUUGAUCAGCCCGCGGAUUCCAUUUAUGCAGAUUCGUCGUUUGAGAUGGGGCACCGGGCCAUACAGAAUCGUUGGACAAAUCAUCAAUGUACCCGUAGACGUACAGUCCAUGAUUUCGGAACUACCGCGUAAUCUCGCCGAAGACUUCUCAUUCAACGUGUCUCUUAAGAAGCAUAUGAUUCAUAAAACUACGGCAUACUCGGGACUCGUCAAAAUAGAAGACCUCAGAGCGUGGCUGGGAUAUCUUCAGGACACUCCAUUGUACCGACACUACGGAAUCAAAAUCGACUGGGCCCGACUGCGCGAAACUGCUGCCGAUGCUGAAAAUGAAGAGCUUGACGAAGUUGAUGCCGCGAAUGAUUCUGAAAUGCUCUAUGCAUCCCAGCAAACCCUGUUGUGGAACGAAGACAAAUAUUUCGAGUUCGCUCCGGGUCAGAAAUCCAUACCCAUCAACGUCGUUUACGACGAGCAUGCGGAAGAACUCUCGUUCCCUGAUAUCUAUUAUGGGGUUCCUCGAGAAUUCCGGCUGGGAGUGAACGUGACACCUUUCUCGAUAGCAACGAGUGAAAUCCGUCGAACUGAUCGACGUGGCGCAUCACCGGAGCAUAUCUUAUACAUGGCUAUGAAAAUAAUGCGCUUAAGGAUAGCGAAAGGCCUGUACGCGACGUUCCGAAAUAGUGAUCAUUUAAAAAACGUCACACGAGAAAUGAUCGAAGACCCGCGAUUUCUCAAUGAAUGCGUUGACAAAAACUUCGCAUUCCUUAAAUCGAUACCCAACUCGGUUCAAUAUUGGUCGUCCCGGAAAAAAGAUUUGUUUGCAAUGAUCCGCCAGCUCGGCAAGCCCACGUUCUUCCUCACGAUGAGUGCAAAUGAAAUCAAAUGGCCAAAUUUAUUACGACUCCUCCAUAAACUCCGAACCGGUAACACGGUUGGCGUCGAAAAUCUGUUAUCGCAAUUCUCUGCUGCUUACAGAGCUUAUCUCGUCAACGAAGAUUCAGUCACAUGCUGCGUAUACUUCUGGAAAAUGAUGAAUAUAAUCAUGCGUAUUCUCCAAUCUGACCGAAUCAGCCCUUUCGGCCGGAACCAUAUCAUUGAUUCAUUUUUACGAAUCGAAUUCCAGCAUCGAGGAAGUCCGCAUAUGCAUGCCCUCAUCUGGUUGAACGACGUUCCGAAGGAAGAAGUCUCGGAAACAAUGCCUCAAACAAUCGAGCUCAUUGAUCGAUUGUGCUCGGUGGAUGUCAAGCAGUCAAUCAUAAACCCAGAUCACGCGUCCCUCCAAGUCCAUCAACAUACCUUCACUUGUUACAAAAAUUCUCAAAAACCACGUCAAAAAUCGGAAAAAUGUCGUUUCGGCAUACCCUUUUGGCCCUCCCCCACAACUCGAAUUCUCUUACCAAUGGCCAAAGAUGACGGUCGGCGCAAGAAUUUCCGAAUAAAGGCUCGAUCAAUGAAAGGAGCCUUGGAAGAAAACGAAUACGAGAGCAUUGAGACCUUCUGGUCAGAUUUCGGCCUGGAUUCAGAUGAAUAUUACAACAUAAUAAGAGCAGACAUUCAGCGCCCUACAAUCAUUUUCAAACGGGAUAUGACCGAAAUUUGGAUCAAUACCUUUAACCCCUGGAUCGCUAACACUUUAGCCUCGAACAUGGAUUUCCAAUACAUCUUGGAAGAGUAUAGUUGCGCGUCAUAUGUCGUGGAAUACGUCAACAAAACGAAUCGAGGCAUAUCCAAUCUACAGAGGCAAUUGAAAGACCUCCAGAAUCAAUAUCCGGAUCGAGACUAUACCGAACUCCUGAAAAGAGUCAGCCUCAGAUUGCUCGACGCAGUGGAAAUGACUACCCAAGAAGCAGCUUGGUAUUUACUGCGACAACCAAUGAGUGAAGCUAGUCGUGAAGUGAUUUUCAUCAAUACAGAUGUUCCCAACAAACGAUUCAUCUGUCGCAAAUCACUGGCACAAAUGAGAUCCGAAGACUUGGCACCGAAUUCCACCGACAUCUGGGCGACGGACAUCAUCCAGAAGUAUGAAAAUCGGCCCUCAGAAUUGCUAACCAUGUGUUUGGCUGAUUUUGCAGCUAACAUGACACCGGUCCGGGGGAAACGGGACGCCGAAGGCCAUCAGAUAUACCAUGAACGAACUCGUUCACGCGUUAUACGAUGGACUCGAUUCGAAAUCGAUGAUGUCAUCCACUACAAGCGAAGCAUGGUACUCUCAUUCUAUCCCUUCAAUAAUGAACACACUGACCUCCUAGAUUGUGACAAGUUCCUCGCUCUAUACGAUGAGAAUGAAUUGGGAAUCGAAAACCGACGCCAAAAUUACGAAGUUACCGAAGACUUGGAAGAUAGAAUCGCCAAACAACACGAAGUAUGGGAUGAAAUGAUUCAAGACGACACCCUCAUCGAUGAACGAGACUCCGAGACUCCUGAUCUCCCAACAGAUUUAUUGGCGCAACCCAUCAAUGACGAUAUCCGCAAUGUUCCAGUCCCUAUGACAUUACCUUCUACAAUCAAAAAACGAUCGAAUGUGCUACCAUCAGCUCAGUACUGUGAGUUGAUGAGGAGCACGAAUUUUAAGCAAAGAGCCUUACUGAAACAUUGCCUCGCUCGCAUUCAUGAUCCGACCAUACCACCGGUACAAAUAUUCCUGACAGGACCCGCUGGUAGCGGUAAAACCUUCACCUUAAAACUUCUAAUGGAAACUUACAACCGAUUCGCAGCAACUCAUAAUACCGACCGGAACAUGUACGUGGCUGCAGCUUCAACAGGAAAAGCAGCUGUACUCAUAAACGGAACAACGGUCCACAAUGCUUUCAGCAUUUCCGUGAUUCAGCGCCGCGGAGGCCUUUCUUUCGAAUCACUACAACUUUAUCGCAAUGCAUUCGCGAAGGUGAAGAUUGUUUUCAUCGAUGAAAUUAGUAUGAUUGGUUCAGGACUGUUCCAUACCAUUAAUGAAAGGUUCAAAAUCAUCAACAUGGAGCACGAUAUGCCAUUCGGCGGAAUGGACAUCAUCUUCAGCGGCGAUCUUCGACAAUUGCCGCCGGUGAAAAUGACACCCAUCUACGAGCCGUUGCAGCGGGGAAUACAUCGGUCAGUACUCUGGCAAUCUCUGGCUUAUUAUCCCUUACGGAAAGUGAUGCGUCAAAGCGAUGAAAUGUUUUCCCGAAUCCUCACUAAAAUCGGUAACGGAGACAACCUUGACGACGACGAACAAUCUCAAAUCGAGUCAAGGUUCAGAACUCGACAAUGGUGCCUCGAACACGCCAAAGAUGUCAUCCGAAUCUUUCACAAAAAUGUAGACGUCGAUCAUUACAACAGAACAGCGGUCGAUGCCCAAUGGCAUGCAACGGCGACUGAUGCGUAUUUCGGUACGAAUGAUCAGAGUCUAAUUGCAACUGCCCGUACCCGAGUUCAUCGCCUGACGACAUCGGAAAGCGCUAACUUGACGUACGAUUUACCACUCUGCCUCGACAAACCCUAUAUGAUAACAUGUAAUGUUGACGUAGAGGAUGCACUAGCAAAUGGUGUAAUCGGCAUCCUGAAAUUCGUCGAGUUCAGCAAUCAUGAUGACAGCGAUAUCAACAACUCGCAACCAGGGACAUCGACGAGUUCAGGAUCAAAAAUGAACCGCCUGUGGUUGGACUUUGGAACGGACCACAAAAUCGGAGCGCUCGCGAGAUCGAAACAUCGAGCAAUUGCCAUGACGCAUCGAGUUAUCCAGCGCGAUUGGACACCAUUGUAUAAAAAAACAGCAAGCUUCCAAGUGCCGAACAACAAAGGCAUCCGAUGCCGACGUGUGAAUUUCCCUCUGACUUUGGCUUGCGCCCUGAUCACACAUAAAUCACAAGGAAGCACUUUCGACAACGUAGUGUUCGACUACGCGCGAGGGUUACAACAACAAUUGGUUUAUGUAGCUUUAUCCCGGGUAAGAUCCAUGGAGGGAUUAUUCAUGACGAAUGCUGAAGACGACUUCAAAUUUUAUCAUGCUCGGCCAGUCUUGACUUCGGACCUGCGGAAGCUGCGCGACGAGCUCAAACGAUUGGACGCUCACUGUCUCGAGACUGAAGAUCAGAAAAUUCUCAAAAAACUCGAAACUGCCAAGAUCGUUCUACUCAACUUGAACGUCCAGAGUUUGCCUGCGCACGCCGAAGACCUCUUGACAGACCCAGUUCUUAUGAAAUCAACGAUCUUCUGCCUCACCGAAACGUGGAACGACAACGAUACCCCAACAUUGAUGAACGGCCUGAAUCUAAUCGCUCUCAAUAAACGACCCAUCCGAGCUGGAGGCGUCGCAAUAUAUGAACGAAAACGAGUGGGAGAACCAUGCCACCGGAACUCACCCCAACCCCUAUUGAUACAAGAAGAUUGCGGCGAUUUCUGCAGCAGUCAAUUUCUAAUCAACGGGCAAUCAACGACACUUGUUUGCGUAUACAUUACGCCAGGCACAAAUCUUCCAGCUAUCAACGACUUCUUCAAAAGACACCAAGGAAUCAUCGAUUCAAAACGGAAAUUCGACGCGGACGAACCGCUAAUUAUAUGCGGCGAUUUCAAUUGCGAUAUCAGCAAACCCUGUAUCAAAGAACAGCUGACAACCCUCAUGUACUCAUAUUUCCAUACAAAUCUCAUUUCGAUAUCAGAUCAACCCACCACAAACGGUCAAUCCACUAUAGAUCUCAUCUUCACCAGACACAUUCAGUACCAAGAAAUUCUUACAAAUAUCACCUAUUUCAGCCAUCACCGAGCAAUACUCACUAUUCUAGAAUAA